AUUGCUACAACCCCCUGCCAGACUCCCAUCUUCUGACAUCUCCGUCCCCCUGCGCCGCCAACCACAAUGUUAGAAACCAGGGAAGAUAACAAACCCCUCACAGCCGGCAGCAACACUGUCGAAGACGCUGGAGAAACCCCUUCCAUGUCGAAAAGCGCGAUGAAGCGAUUACUUAAGCAACAGCGGCUUCAGGCAAGGAAGGCUGAGCGGAAAGCAGCGGAGAAGGAGCGAAGGCGGCAAGAUCUAGAGCGCCGCCGCCGCGAAUGGGAGGAGAAGCUCACCAACAAAACGGAGGAGGAAAGAAUGCGACUCGUGGAGUCGCGUAAGGAGACGAGGCGGGACCGAAUGGAGAAGAGGACGGAGGAGCGCAGUAAGCGUGCUGAGAGGCUACGAAAGGCAGCUUUGGUUGGGCAAAAGGUCGUUCUUGAUCUCGAGUUCUCCGAUCUCAUGAGCCCUAGCGAGAUCCAGAGCCUUUCUCACCAGGUGAUGUACCCUUCUUUCUUCUUCCCGUGCCCUGAUAUUUUGUUUUCGAGGAAUGACGCUGCCCGCGGGAUCUUUUACCGGCGGUCCGUGUUGCCUUGUCGCGUUUUCUCCCGAAUUACUCCGCUACCCUCGCGCAAGAGCAAGGCAACGCGGAUUCGGCGGUCCGCGUUGCCUUGUCGCAUUUUCUCCCGAAUUACUCUUGCGCCUCUCGGAUUCGGCAUUUCUUCCUCCUUCGUUCGAGAUCGAGCUCGCAAACCCGCUCUCUGCUUCGUUCGCGAUCGAACUGUAGCCCUUUCCUUCCUCCUCUCCGAUUCGCUAUUCUAG